AUGCAGCUGUGCGGCCGACAGAACGUAGUCCAGCGCAAGAUGGUGCUGCUAGGCGAUGGAGCCUGUGGCAAGACAUCUGCGCUGAACGUGUUUACUCGUGGGCGCGCCUUAGAUAUCUUCGUUGAUAACAUACAUGUGGAGCUUUCGCUAUGGGAUACGGCCGGUCAAGAAGAGUUCGAUCGAUUGCGCGCGCUGUCUUAUGAGGACACGCAUGUCUUAAUGCUUUGCUUCAGUGUCGACAGCCCGGAUUCCUUCGAGAACGUCUCAUCAAAAUGGAUCGCAGAGAUCAACGAGAACUGUCCCGGGGUGCGGGUCGUCCUGACAGCACUGAAGUGUGAUUUGCGCAAGGAUGAGGAAAUGAACGAUAACCCAAAUACCAUCAGCUUCGACCAGGGCUUGGCGAAGGCGAAGGAGAUUGGCGCGGUGAAAUACCUAGAGUGCUCUGCGGUUCAAAACCGCGGCAUCAGAGAAAGCUUCUACGAAGCUGCUAAGGUCGCCCUCGAUGUGCACCCAGCUGGGCACUCGUCCUCCGGCUCGAAGUGCGUUAUCCAGUGA